AUUUCAAGGAUCUCAAGGGAGCGUUCAUAUAUUCCUCUUCUUUUCGUUGCGCGAAUGGUAACGUUGUAGUUUGUCACGAUGAAGUUGAACGUAUCGUAUCCUGCAACAGGAUGUCAAAAGCUGUUCGAAAUUUCGGACGAGCACAAGCUCAGAAUUUUUUAUGAAAAGCGCAUGGGAGCUGAAGUUGAAGCUGAUGCACUUGGAGAUGAAUGGAAGGGAUAUGUUGUUCGCAUCUCUGGCGGUAAUGAUAAACAAGGUUUUCCAAUGAAACAGGGUGUUUUAACAAAUGGUCGUGUGCGUUUGUUGCUGUCAAAAGGACAUUCCUGCUAUAGACCCAGACGUGAUGGAGAACGCAAGCGCAAGUCUGUUCGCGGUUGCAUUGUGGACUCAAAUUUGUCUGUAUUAGCUCUUGUUAUUGUCAGAAAAGGAAAACAGGAAAUCCCAGAGCUGACAGACAAGAAUGUGCCACGUCGUUUGGGACCGAAAAGAGCAAGUAAAAUUCGCAAACUUUUCAAUUUGAGCAAGAAGGACGAUGUCCGCCAGUUUGUGGUGAAACGUCCUGUUCAAAAAGAAGGCAAGAAGGAGCGUUUGAAGGCGCCAAAAAUUCAGCGUCUUAUUACUCCAAUUGUUCUUCAGAGGAAGAGACAUAGAUUGGCACUAAAGAAGAAGCGCUGUCUCGCACGCAAGGAGCAAGCUGCCGAGUAUGCAAAACUCCUAGCGCAAAGGCAAAAGGAGGCUAAAAACAGGCGUCAGGAAGAACUGAAAAGAAGACGCAGUGCCUCCAUGCGCGACUCAAAAUCCUCAAAUCAGUCGGCACCUACAACGCAGAAAUAAAACAGUUGACUGUAUUGCUAAAUGUAAAAUAUAAUAUUUACAAAUUAAUAAAAACGCAAAACAUUUA